GUUCACUUUACUGGCUUAUAUAAAUCACAAAAUAUAUAUAGAACACUAUAUAUAUAUAUAUAGGACACAAACGGUCUUGUAAUAUUAUUGCCACACCAACUGUUAAGAUGAGAUAUUUGGCAUGGACUCUGGUGGUGAUCAUAGUGUGGGGCUUUUCGGCAAACUCAAGCCUUGCAGAUACUGAGUUAGAAGAAAACCAAGUAGAGGCAAUCGCUGAAGAAGAGGACGCGAGUCUUCCCAAAAAUUUACUCGAUGGUGAGACGGAGGAAGAAGGACUGAAAACCACAGGACUUGAAACCCGCCGAAGACCCGUCUUUAUUCCAAGACCAAAACCUCGGCCUAAGCCAGCGCCACGGCCAGCGCCACGGCCAGCGCCAAAGCCAAAAUCAAAACCAAAACCAAAAACACAACCUAAAUACACUGCUGAUCCGAAAAAUGACGGAUCUUGGAACCAAUUUACCAAAAAAUUCUUAGAUGGAAUAGUUGAAGGAGUGGGUUCUGAAUUAGUACAUCAAGCUGUAGAUAUGUUACUGACAUGCCGACAAACACUAAUAGAAAAAAAUAGCUCUAGUCUUAGUGACUGUAUACCGUUUAUUAACUUUCAAAAUUAUUUGCAAGAGAAAGAAACAAAUGGACAGGAGGAUACAACAGAUGUCCAAGAUGAAACAUCAGAUGGUCAAUAUGAUACAUCAAAUCUUGAUGAACGGUGGAACUCUGAUCCAGGAAUGUUCGCUCAGCAGCCACCCAUUCAGGACGCAGUCAAUGUCAGCGGUGCUUAAUCUGGUUAUCUCUCAAUAGACACCGCACCCACUACACUGCGCCAGAGACUGUGGAAUUUACUAUCUAAAAUGGGAGAUUUCUGGAUUUUUAAACAACUUUAAGGAUAAGAGAAGUCUCAUGAUUAUGCAUGAGGUACUAAAUACAAAUUUUAAAAUUAAAUGAAUUCCACAUUAGAGUA